AUGGCUAAGUCAGGCAAUCCCUUCCUCACAUGCUGCUGGUUGACCUUGCUCAUUCUUGUUAUAUCAUUGAUAGUCUCGAUCGUGUUCCUUUAUUUUGGACAAGAUGAGCUUAUUUAUCAAAAUGAUUUCCCCUCUCCUUAUGAGGAAUACCCAGAAGAGAAUCAGGAAGGAAAAAGAAACCCUGGUGAGAAGAAUAUGCUUUAUGAAGAUAUUACAAUUGAGACUGAAGAUGAUGUCAGAUUGGCAGGGUGGUUGAUACACCAUGGAGCUACAACAAAGGCUCACCCAACUCUUAUUUACAUGCACCAAAGCUCUGGAAAUAUUGGUCACCGACUUGCCUGGGCUGAGAAUAUCUACUUCAAUCUCGGAUAUAAUAUUGUGCUAGUGGGUUAUAGGGGUUAUGGACAUUCUGAAGGAUCACCAUCAGAGAAAGGACUCCAGAAAGAUUCUAAAGCAAUGAUUCAGUGGACUUUGGCAAAUCCUAAAAUUAAUCCAAAUCAAGUAUUCCUCUUCGGUAGCCAACUCGGUGGAGCUGUUGCUACUUAUGGAGCUGAAUUCUUCGAAAAUAAACUGAAAGGAUUAAUUCUUGAGAAUACUUUCUAUAAUUUUAAAGCUGCUGUUGAUGAUACUAACUGGCUAUUUAGGCUAUUGAGACCAAUAAUUCUUGCAAACUAUUGGCCAACUAAUGAAGUUAUCGCCAGACUAAACAUUCCAAUGCUAUUCAUUUCAGGACUUGACUCUGAUACUAACGAUGACAUGCAGCAACUAAGAGAUCUCGCAACUAAUUCAGCACUCGUGGAGUUCCUCAAUGUGCCUAAGGCUGGAAAACAAAACACAUGGCGUGUUGGAGGAAGAUCAUACUUAAUGGCAAUCGAUGAAUUUGUAGUCAAAGCAAAUGGAAUCAUCAAACUUCCUGUAGAAGCUCAACCACUUGUUGAUUCAAUCUAA